AUACAAUAAAAUCAAAUGGCAGAUUAGAUAAUUCUAUAAAUUGUUUGGGAAAAUGAAUUUACACUACAAUCAUAUAUUCAAAGUCUAAGUAUUUAUUUAUUCUACUAUCAAUACUACCAAUAUGAACAAAACUUGUUCCUAUCUUAAGUGGUCUUUAUGUUCAUUUAAGAAAAAAAAAGAAACAACACAACAUAAUGUCUAUUUUAUGUGUACCUGGGUCAUGUCCUACUUAGAAUUUAGUUUGUAACCAGCAUUUAGAAUAACAACACUUGAAUUUAUUUGAUAUAUACUACUGAUAUAACGAUAACCAACAUAAAAUAAACUCAGACAAAAGAAGAUAAUACUCUUUGAAUAAAAUAUCCUGAGUCCCACUGUGAAAAUCAAACUGGUGUGAACUUUACUGAGCAACGUCAUUUUCAUCAGUUAAUUCAUUGAAAUAUUCUUUAUUUACAAGUGGCUUGUAUAAUUAAAAAUAAUGGAAUUUAUGCAGCCGUCAGCUUAACUCAAAUAUAUAUCAUCGAGCAAAGCUCAUUAAGUUGCAGAUCAUCAAAUGCACCUCAUCUUGAUCUUAGUUAUCCAAUGAGCCAAAUACUAUAGUUUUAAACCAUCUAAAUUCUUUAUAUUCAAAUUGCAAUAUGCUAUGUGGAAUAAGUAACUCAGUCAGUUCGCAUGAAAUUGCAAACACAAGUACUUCGACCAUAAAAAAUCAUAACCAUAACAGGAUCCAUUCAGAAUUUCCCAAUAAUCACUUCAAUAAAAUUCACAUGCUCAAAACAGAAACUGGUAAACGCCCACCAGCAGGUUGUUCCUGGGUCCCAAAUGAAAAAUUCGGUAUUCGACCUCAAUCACUUGGGCUAUACCAGUCAAAUCCCAUGUUACAUGAUCAAAGAAGCCUAGGUUCAAAUACUAACCCAUCAGACUCUUCACAUAGACCAACAAUUCUAAGCCCAGAUAUCAGUAGAAAAGAGGAUUUUAACAGUAAGUCUUAUUCCAAGAAAAGACGUGGAACCUUUGAUAACAAUAAUAAAAAUGUUACUGUUCCAACAAGUUUGGUGUCUCCGAAUAUUACUUAUAAUAGUAAUAAUACUUCUAAAAACGAGAAAUUCAAAACUAAUCUUCCAUAUUUUCACUCAUCUCACCCAAAGAAAAGUACGUCAAGAACUUCGAGUAGGGAAAAUAUCAGAGAACGUAGCCCUGUGAAAUUGUUUUCUGCUAAGGAAACACAUUUUCUGAAUUAUAAUGCAACGGGAAACGCACGUGAAUCAUAUAAAUAUGCAGCGGUAGUGGAUAAAUAUAAGGAAAAGAGUCAGUCAAUAUCAGAUGAAACAACUAAAGUAUCUCAGACACGAUCUGCUUCAACACCAUCAAGAAAAUUACCACAAGACGAAGAGAAAAACGCUAAGAAUGCUGAAUUCCAAAAGCAUCAUGAACCACAACUAAGCAGUUCACAGAUAAAAUCACAUGAAGCUAAUAAAUUGAUAAAAGAUUAUAAUAAUACACAAUCUUUAUCCAAGAAAAAUGAGUUACAAAAUGUAAUUUCUCCAAGUAUUAUUUCACAGAGAACCGACCAUUUAGAUAUCACUUCCUUUCUUGCUACAUCAGGUAACAAUACACCUAUAUGGUCAACUAAUCCACUCCUAAUAAAUGCUUUAACGAAUAGUAGUGUUGCGAGAUUGUGUGACUUGACAGAUCCUGCAGACGCAUUCAACUCUAAUAAACAAAGUUUAACUCAUGACAAUUAUAUUAAUAAUGAUUUAGAUGAAUUCACCCAGUUACAAAGUGUUUAUUCUCAAAUCACGAGUAAACAGAAAACUAAACAAAAAUAUAGUUUACCUAAUUCCAACUCUGCAGCAUCUAGUUUAUCUGCUGGAGAUGAUCGGACAUUUUGCGAUAGUGGAAUAUCUUCCUCAUCUUAUUCUAAAGAUAGCGCUUGUACAUCACCUUCUGAUCCAAAUGCCUAUAAUCCUAUGCCAUCCUUAGGGAUUAAUGAAUGGGUAUCUACCUGUAAAAUACCAUGUGAUAAAGAACCAAUAUUUGAUUCAAACUGUCACCAAAAACCAAAUCAAGGAAUACCAUUAUCGAAAUCUUCACGUAUUCCAAGCAUUUCAAAAUUAACGGAUAGGCCUAAAAUAAAUACUUCCUCAGAGAUGGUUGAUUCACAACCAGCUUUCAGUACAAUCCAACGAACCCAGAGACCUAAAACAGUUGGAAAGUUGAUAUGUCAAUCAAGCAAGGUGGUUACUUCAGUUAUUUCGCAAAACAAUGACUUUGAUUCACAGAGUCCUUCACUUAAAUUUAGUCAUGAUGUAAAUUCAUUAAAUAAAAUUUCUCAAUCAACAAAACAUUUGUGUGAUAAUGCUUCUAGACUUUAUUCUACCCCAAGUUCUUCAAAUGCAGUGAUUUCAAAACGUCCGAAUAAAAUCUUCAUUAAUUCAACUAGUGAUGAGGUUAGUAAAAGCGAGACGAUGAAUGUCAAAAUACAUAAUGAUACUGAUACUACUACUACUGCUACUACUACUACUACUACCAAUAAAACAAACACUACUACUUUUAAUAAUGCCAACAAUUAUAAUCAUAACUGUAAUAUUAAUAAAGAUUUGCCUCCAGAUAAUUUGAUUAAAUUAGAACCACCUAGGUCAAAUGAAACAAUCGAUGAUAUUCAAUGUAAUCAACUAAAUCAGACAUAUAUUUCUAACAAAAUGAAUAAACAGCGCAAUCACAGUCAUCAGCAGUUGAAACUUUCAAAUGCCCAACAACACAAGAUAUGCCACAACCAAUCAUCAGUUAUUAUAUCAGAUUGCGAUAAAAGUAAAGUUAAAAGAGAUAACGGGAAAUCAACAAUUCUUUAUGACGAACCGUCUUUGAAGAUAACAUGUAAUAAACUCGAACAACUUACUGAUACACGUGAAAUGAAUGGUUACUUUAAACUGUGCAGCCAAAGUGGAGUUAUUCCAAGACCCAGGGAGUUGUUCAGCUUAAUCGCAUCAGAAAAAGUAGUUGGUGAUCAGAAUAAAUCACCUGAUAUUAAACCAAUUAAAUCAUCAGUAGUUACUAGUGAACCUGAAAUAUCCCUCUUGUCAAAAAGUUUGCCGGGUGUAGUAGCAGAGAAUCCAUACCAUAAACCGGCCGACUUCACAAAUGAUCCUGACUUACUUUUGUCAUCUCUUUCUAAACUGAGUUGUGAUCCAUGUUUAGAAGAUAACUCUUGGGAUCAGAAUUACUUCUCUGAUGUUGAAAGUGAAUAUGCUGCACUAGAAUUAAUACUACCUAUACCAAAACGUGAGAGUUUGACGGAAGCUGAAAUUGCCCUGGAAUUAGACAAAAAGUUAUCAGAAGCUAUACCAGAUCAAGUGUCGGGUGCGUUUGUGAAUAUUAUUAAUCCGAAUACUUCGUUGACUAACAAUGUGGUUUCCUCAGGAAAGUGCUUAGAGCCUGGUUACUUUUCGGAUACAGAAGCCAUAUUUUCAUCCCAACGCAAGUUUAAACCAUUAUCUGAUCCUAACAACUGCAAACUUCCAAUUGCUUCCGUAGCCCCAAUAAUGUCUACACAACCAGCACCUUUUAUUAAUGUGUUAGAUGAAAAUAAAAAGCGUUUAUUGGCCCCAAAUAACAUAAACCUGAAGACACAUGAACUUUCAAGCCCUUUUCAAUGUACGUCGAAAAUUGAUGGCAUGAUGCAAAUACAAGAAAUAAAAUGGCCAAGACUCUGUAGUCUACAGAAUCUUGUUCAUAGUGAAAACAAAGGUCGACUGAGACAUUCUAGUAAUCACCACGACGCAAUUAACAAAACUUCUCUCCGAGUUACAAACUGCACUAUAGGUACAGGACCACUUAGUCAAGUUAAAUUGCCCUAUCCAACUGCAUCCAUGAUGGUCAAUGUGGGUUCGCUGAACGAUAUAACUGCGAAAUCCGGUGGUUCACAUUGUGAAGGCCAGAGAAAAGGAAUACACAAUACAUACUCUGAAUUAGAUCAAUGCAGAACAAGUGGUAAAUUAUUAAAUGGCGAUUUAAAUGGUGCUGCUUCGGCUCUUAAUUGCCCAUCAAUAAAAAGUGCCGAUUUAAUGAUUGAAAAUUUUCGUCAAGAAACUAAACGUCUACAAGAUCAUAUCGCUGUCCUAUCGAGUCAUUUAUCAGUGAAGGAUAGCAAAAUUGAAACUUUAGAGGAGACUAUGGAAAAUAUGGUAGUUCGCCUUGAACAACUUCAAGCCAUGGACAACUUCAAGAAUUCAGAAAUACAUGAGCUACAAAGUAUUAUAAAUCAACUUCGCGAUGAUAUGAAUAGUAAAUCUUUGGUCAGCUCUCCGAGUCAUUUUGAACCCAAACCGCCAAGAUCAACAUCUUGUCGUACACUUCCUGAUGCUAUGUAUCAAGAUCUUCAGGAUGCAGUAAGUCUAAAUAGUUUUACAAGCGGAACAAGUGCUGGUAGUCAAGAUCCUUCAAUUCACUCACAACAACAACAGCAACAGAAAAUGAACUCAAAAUCUGACGAAAAAUAUUCCAGCCAAAUUAGUAGAAGUCCAUCAGCAUUAGAUACCGAGAGGUCAUAUGUUAAACACUCACAUUGGUUACGCGCAUCAUUUAGCAAAGCGUUCAAGAAAAGAACGAAAAGUAACAUACGCCCAAAUGAUUCGGAAAUUUUAAUGAAUGACGACAGUACCACAAAUCUACAAUCUACUCUGCAUGAUCAAGUUACCGAGAAUAAUCAUAAAUUACAAUGUGAACAACAACUGGAUCGAUUAUAUCUAACAGUUAGCCGAAUGCGUUGGCAAAUGGAUUUACUUGAAGCCAGAAAUAAAAAACUCCAGGAGAUCGUAUUGAAAUAUAACCCAGAUGAAGUGCUACGCAACGAACUGUACACAGUGAAAUUAGAGAAAAAAGUUUCUCUAUAUGACCUAUCAACUCAUCAUUUCCAAGAUUCGUGUCAAUUUGUUCAAGUAUUUGUUCAUACUGAAAGUAUAUGUCAGAGAAAUUUAGAUAAGAUUCCAAACGCAAGUCAAUGUCGUGACCAACCAGCCGCUAAUAAUAAUUCUGCAGAUACACCGUUAAAUUGUAUUCGAUCAUUUAAGAUUGGUUGCACCGGACUAUUGGAUGAGAUGACCUGGGAAGACUUAGAUGAACGACUUCAAAAGUUACUUCAGUAUUACAUUAAUUUCUUGGAUCCUAAUAAUCAAUUACAGUUGGAAUCACUUGAACUACAAGCCUACCAAUUAAAUUUCACAUUCACUGAACAAAACGAAGUAAAAACACAAAGUAUUGUACGAUCCUUUACUCCCCCUACUUUAUCAUCAUCAACUGAAAGUCAGUUGCAGAUCUCUUGUACAAUAUUAUUACCUACAGCAUAUACAGAUGAACAGAUUUAUUCACAAUCCCCAAUUGUUUGGAUAAAUGAUAUGAUCAAUAAACAUGACACUAAACAUUAUACAUUAUCAAUACAAAUUCAUUUAAAAGGUUGCACAAUGAAAUUCCCGUUACAAAAAGAUCCAAAACCACCACAUCAACAAGUGUUUGAACAAAAAGAAAUGUUAAAAUACGUAUGUUUUGGAAGUUUAAUACCAUUGAUUACAUUAAAUACAUACUUAUCUACCAUUCGAGACAAUUCAAUAGUGAUAAUAUAUGGAGCAAGUGGAACUGGGAAGUCUCAGUUAGUAAACGACUUAACUAAAAUUUUGGUUGCAAAUCCACAUAUAAGAAUGCAGUUUACAAUUUUUGCUUUAAACACGAUGGAAGUACAACUGUUAAAGAAUUGAAGAAUACGCUAAGUCAGCAGUUAAAUUCAUUCACAAAUUACGGUUACCCCGAAGUAAUAAACUUACUCAAUAUUCAUCAUUUUCAAGGGUCACUUUCAGACCUUUUCAGUAUAUUGACAUUUUCUUCGAACUGUCCUAAGAUUAUAGGAACUAGUGGAACUGGUAACUUAGAACUUGAGAAGUUUCUGAUAGAUAAUCAGAUAAAGUGAGUUCAUCAAAUUUGUGAUUCAUUUAGCAAAUGAAGGCUACACAAUAUCGUUUCUCCAGGAAAAGGAGUGCCACAGUUUAGUGUUAAAUAUUCACCAAUAUUUAGCUUCCAUAGGCAAAUAUUUAAUCCAGAAGUGUUUCAUUUGCACUUAGUCGGAAAACAGGUUGUAUGAUGAAGAUCUUAACUAAACAAAUUACUAUCAAAAAUAUCAAAACAAAUAAGACAUGAUGAAGAAAUAGUAAAUUUUGACAUCAAUCAAGACAUUAAAAGAUGAAAUGAAGGUUGUCACGUUGAGUUUGAAAUUUGAACAAAUAUUUUCAUGAUAUAAUAAAGAUUUUAAUUCCCAUUUGUGUACGAUUUUCGAAAGUCUAAGUAUCCACUCCGGAGAAAUUCUAUAGACAUUCAAAAAAUCUAUAAAAGCUUUUUUACGGAAGUUUUCUACUGAAUAUUUAGUGAUAAAACAUGAAAGUUAAUUGACACUUAAGGUUAUUAUGAUUUUGAAGUACAACUGUUCUUUAAGUCAUUCAAAUAUGUGUUUUAACACACAGCCAGUUCAUUCCUCCCCACUUGAAACACUAGUGUUAUAGUAAACGCAGUUGAAUUUCUUGUCGUCAACUAUUUGACCAGAUAACCUUAACGAACAAUGAUUUAGAAACCAAAUACACGACAGUUUAUACACCCUGAGUCCCCCAAAGUCCUACUAUCGCUUGUAACAUAAUUUCCUUGUGCUUUUUAAGCAAACAAAAAAUGAACAUACCUUAUUGACCAGGUUUUCUAACACAACUGGCAUCGUAAUAAGUAUUGCUCUGAGCCUGAGUUUUAUGCUAUGUCAUGGCAGUGAAUUCUCCUCCGCUAUUCCUAAAUAUUAUAUGUAUCAUACCAACAUAAGUUUUAGGAAUUUACACCCUUUGACAUUUGGCUCUUGCAAGAAAUCCAAAUACAACUUCGAAUCUUAGGAUUUUUGUGUAAAUAUGGUUCAUCACUGAUUCUUAUCUAAAAUAGCCAUGUUUACACAACGUUGGUAUUAUAUUAUAUUAUUGUUUACUAAGAACUAGAAUAUCAUAUGAUAUGGAACACCAAUUUCAGAUUUUAAAAAAAUCUGUUCUUCAUUUAUAACUUUAUCUAGCAAGCUAUCUAGUGAUUUAUCUAUCAUGGAAAUUAAUAAUCAACCCACUAUGUUACAUCGUGAUUUGCACUUAAAAACACAAUCGUUUGCAACAAUUAGUCAGCUAGUUGAUCAGACCAACUAUGUCUUCUAAUUGUUCUACAGAAAUAAUCGUUAAUGUCAUAUGGCUGUUUUUCUUGCGAUUAAUUAUUUCAAAGCAUCACUAUUAUUCAGUAGUAAUUUGCUGCAUUUCAUUACUUUAAAAGGUGUACAAUUUGAGGAUAUGUGUAGCAUAACCUUUUUGCAUAUUAAUAAAACCACUACCUUUAUUUCAAUUGGCAGAGUUAUAAAUCAUUUGUCCGAUAUAAACGAUGCAAAAGAAUACUUAGAAAGAAGCUUAAACCGUAAAUUAAUUCAAUAUCGUUUAUUUAAUGAAUUUUAUUCUUCACAUGGAUUUAACGAAGAUAAAGAUUCUUUGGAUAAAUUUGUAACACAAGUUGAAGAUAAAAAUCUUAACCAUUUGAUUUCAUGGUUAACUGAAUUUUGGAAUCAACUAAAUGAAAUUCCUUAUUCAUUGCUACAAUCAAACCAGUUCACUAUUUUCGGUAUACGAACAUUUCUAACAUGUCCAAUGCAUUCACAGCUGUCAUUAAACUGGUUUCUUGACUUAUGGAAUAAUAUGUUGGUGCCUAUUUUGUUUAAGGAUAUAAAAAAUGUAACGACCUCUACUAUGCCGACAAAAAAAGAACCUUUAAACAAUAUAUUUAAAACAUUAAAUAAUAUUCUUGGAUGGAUAACGAUAACAUGGCCAUGGAAUCCUACACUUGUCAACUUUCCAAAAUCUAUUAGGGAACCAAAAAUAACUUUAACACAGAAUUCAAUAUCUAUGAUGAAAAAUUAUCAGUUGACGUUGUCCACAUUGUGUAAUUCCGACGUGGAAAUUUGUCAACACCGUACAAGUAUGGAUUCUGGUAUUAUUCUAGAUGGAAUAAAUCCAACAAACAACAAUCUUUUCAGUUGUUUUGAAAAUAACUCAAAUAUCAUGUAUGGUAACAAUUAUUAUAAUCAUUAUCAUUAUCCGUAUGGAAUGGGAGACAAUUAUAAUGUACAACAGCAUGGGGCCAAUAUAACUGAUUGUAAUCAACUAACGACGACAACAACCUACCAAUUAAGGAAUGAAAAUCGUACCAGCGGCAAUUGUACAAAAACUGUUACUUCUGUGAAGUAAGAAUAAUGAACAUAUACAAAACAUAAUUAAAAGUCCUUGUCUUUUCAAUCAGAAUCUUAUGUAAAAAGUCACAAUGUCAUUCUUGAUUUCUGCUUGUUUUUUCAUCAGUAAAAAUUUAGAUUGUCUUAUAUUUAUUCUUAAAUACUACAGGUUUAUAUCAUAUUAAUUAUAUCAUGAGUAUUCAACUUUGAAAAGGAUUGCUUUUUCCGAAUUUUUCUUUGCAAUAUUGCUUUUAUUCUGUAAGUAAUAUAUAUCUACACAAUUUGAUUUUCGUUUAGAACAAAAUUAAAGAUGAUAACAAUAAUUAGUUAUUAUCAAUGACUUGGAAUAAGAACAAAUUAUAACAGUUAUAGUUUCCUCACAGUGAAAAACGCUUGUCAGUUUCCUUUAUUCUAAAUAAAUAUGGAAGAGAUGACCGAGAACAACUAACAUUUUCAUGUUCUUUAAGAUGCUUAUAAAACCUUGAUUUGUUAUUAUAUAUAUAUAUAUUUCAAAUAAACGCAUCUAGAGCUC